UAAUGGGCCGAGUUUCAGAUUUCGAUUUCCAAAUAAAUGGGCCGAGACCACUCGUCGGCCCAAAAAGUUCUUUGAAAAAUCUCUCCUAAAACCUCUUUUCCCGUAAACAUCUUCGUUUCGUAGAAAGUUCGCUAUCCUCUUGGUUUCUCUGUAAUGCCAAUGGCUACCAGUCUCUCCGUUUCUCCUCAGUCCCUAAUUCCACUUCAGAAGCCAUUGCUCUUACCACGAGUUCAACAAGGUCACUUCCUUCAACUCAAGUCAGUGAGUCGGAUUUCGAGUGCUCGCAUUCAUUCCGGCUCUCAAUCGGGGGUUUUGGUGCGUGCCGCUUUGGAUAGCGAUUACUCGUCGGAGAGGAGUAGUAGCAAUGAGAAGAGGGAGGAGAUUAUGUUGCCUGGUUGUGAUUAUAACCAUUGGCUUAUUGUCAUGGAGUUCCCCAAAGAUCCUGCUCCGACGAGGGAACAGAUGAUUGAUACCUAUCUCAACACUCUUGAUACUGUAUUGGGAAGCAUGGAAGAAGCUAAGAAAAACAUGUAUGCCUUUAGCACCACCACCUACACUGGAUUCCAAUGCACAGUGUCCGAAGAAACAUCCGAGAAAUUCAAGGGAUUACCCGGAGUUCUUUGGGUGUUGCCAGAUUCUUAUUUAGAUGUCAAGAACAAAGAUUAUGGAGGUGACAAGUAUAUAAAUGGGGAGAUAAUUCCAUCGAAGUAUCCUGUUUAUGAACCAAAGAAACGAAGAGAAACAAAAUACGAAAGUAGGAGAUACGAAAGAAAAAGGGAUGGCCCUCCUCCCGAACAACGAAAGCCGAGACCCCAAGCAACCAGAACGGAAUCAAAUUCGGAUUAAGCUGAUGCAGAGACUUCUAAGCAACAAUCUUCAACAUACAUUACACACAUUAGGGAGGAAUUUUGAGUGGUUUUGGUUGAUUGAUUAGCUCUCAAAACCCUGUCUUCAUUGUUAUAUAGAUAUUGGUGUUACUAUUUAUAUUUAAUUUAGGUAUUGUUAUGUUU